UGUCUCAGUCGCACCAAUCAGCGGGCAGUAUUGUGCUGGCGUUGCAACUGCAAUGGCGGAGACAAUGAAGCUGAGUGGAAAUCAUGCUUAUCCUGAUGAAUCCAGUGAAAUGUCCAGUUACAGGGACUGCGUGUGUGUGAUACUGAAGCUGCUAGCAGACUUCGGGAAAGAGCUCAAAUUAAGUGAUGCUGCUCUGAGAAUAGAAGUCAACAUCAACGCUGUGGAUCUUCCGUCAUCUCCAGAUACUCACGUGUACAGCUCUUUGCAGGAGCAUAUCACUAAAUUACAGGCUGUUUCAGAAAGCUUAAAGACACUAGUGGAUGCUGAUGGUGAUACAUCAUCUACAAAAGACAACACAUGUGAUUAUGCUGUCACCUCAUCGUCACUCAAAGAGCAGACGACCGCGCUGUCUGAGCACCAUCCUCCCAGCUCAGAGGCUGCAGAAAGCAAGACGGCGGCUGAUGAUGUCAUGGUUCAGAUCAGAGCCAGGAAGUCAGAGAUUGAGCGAAGAAUAUCUGCAUUUAUGGAACGCAAGCAGAUGGAGAUCAAUGAAAACAAUGUACGCGAGUUUUGCAACGUGAUCGACUGCAAUCAGGAAAACAGCUGUGCCAGAACAGAUGCAGUUUUCACUCCUUAUCCAGGUUUUAAAAGCCACGUGAAAGUUACCCGGGUGGUUAACACUUACGGGCCCCAGACUCGUGGUGGAGGAGGCCAAGGAGAGGCAGGGGAGCAGCAGAGGGGACCGAUGGCAAGAGACUGCGGAAAUGCAGCCAUAGAAGAACGACUUCACAACAUCGAGACUCACCUUAAACUCCCAACAGCGGGCCCAGUUCCAUUAAGUGUCUACCAGAGACUAAAGAAGCUGGAGGAUCGUAUCCUCGAGUUGGAGGGACUCUCACCCGAGUACUUUCUGUCCAUGAGUCACCUUCACAAGCGACCAAAGACAUCCCCUGCUCAGGCCUGCAGCCUGACAGAGCUGGAUGAGAAGAUCAGUGCAGUGAAAGAGGCACUACUGAAGAGGGCGAAUGAAUUUGGGCCUGGAUAUGGAACAGAGUGUCAACUGUAACAUACCCACAAACCACUGCUCCAGACACAAUAUGUCCGUUAAUGCAUUCAACAAGUAUCAUUGGUUUCUUUUUGUAUUCCUCACCUCUCCAUUAGUACCAUUCUCACAAUAUGCGAUUAAAAACACAAACAUUUCAUAUGAGCUUCCUUUCAUGGCCAUUACAGACAGAAAAACUGUAUUCCUCUGAAUAGUUUUGUAGUUAACUAAGAUUUUAUUGCUCCGUAAAUGGUGUUUUUUCCUUCAUGAAAACUUGGACUAGUAAUUUAAUCAUGAGCUUUACAUGUCAACUAUUAACUGUAAUGUCAUUCCUUUAUUGGUAGAAAACAGUGCUGCAACUAAUGAUUAUUUUCAUUUUCAAUUAAUAUUCCAGUUUCUUACUCUAUGAAUCGUUUGGUCUAUAAAACGCAAGCAAAUGGUGGAAACUUCCUAAAGCUCAUGGUGGCAUCUUCAUUGGUCUUGUUUAGUCUGAAUAGCAGUCCAGAACCAAUAGAUAUUCAAUUUACUAUCAUUUACAUUUGAAAAGCUCUAAUAAGGACCAGUAUGUAAGAUUUAAGGGGAUCUAUUGGCAGAAUAUGGCAGAAACUGAAUAUAAUAUUCAUAAGUAUGUUUUCAUUAGUAUGUAAUCACCUGAAAAUAAGAAUCAUAGUGUUUUCGUUACCUUAGAAUAAGCCCUUUAUAUCUACAGAGAGAGCGGGUCCGCUUCUAUGGAGUCUGCCAUGUUGCACCUCCAUGUUUCUACAGUAGCCCAGAAUGGACAAACCAAACACUGUCUCUAGAAAGGGCCUUUUGCAUUUUUCGCGGCCACCGUAGGUUCUCCUACACGCUUGGAAGGGGAGGGUGAGGCAAGGGGUACUCAGUUAGUUGCAACCUCACCGCUAGAUGCCACUAAAUCCUACACACUGGUUCUUUAAAUUAUAACUUAAAGGAUUAAUGAAUCAUCGAUUGUUGCUUAUUCAUUUUCUUACAAUUGUUUCAGCUGUAAUAGAUAAUACAACAAUCCUGAACUACACCUUUAAAAAAAAAUGAUAUUCAUUUAUCAUGGCUGUUUAACAUUUUCAUCUUUAAUGUCUAAUGCUGGAAAGGUGUGUGUGUGUGUGUAAUCAUGUCUGUGUGUGUAAUUGAGAUGAAUCUGAGAGAGCACCUGAUUUAUCUGCCUGACUGCUGUGUGACAAUGAUCACCCCUAAUGGUUGUCAUUAUAACAAAUGACCUGAUUACUGCAACUCUGUUUGGAAAACAUAUCUGAGACCCAACAAACCAGCAUUAAAUGGGACGCUGCUGUGUUUGACGCUGUGGCAUGUUUAUAAAAGGCUUUCGCAUAGAGCUUUAACUGAGCAAUCGGCUGAAGUAAUGAUUCAGACUUUUUUUGUCAGUAAUGAGUAAACCCAGCCAUAUUCUUCGUACAUGACGUGAUUUGACAUGAGUCUGGAUUUUUAGGUUUUUCGAGCCGCUUUAAAAUUCAUCUUGAACUGUUGUCAGAGCAACAAAUCCUUAAGCCCAAACCUCCAAAAGUGUAGAUUAUUGACAGCUGGAUAAUGUUUUAUGGUGAGCCCUAAACAUGAACUAAUUUUCAGACACAAAUAGCUCACUUUCUUAGAUUCAUAAUAAAAGAGUGUUGAUAUAAAUACCAUUUUGAGAACAGGCAGCGUUAUUGAGAAGUCAUUAUGAUCUGUUGGUGUAAUUAUCACAACAAAAGUUUCGUAAUGAAUAGUUACCCAUACUUAUACAUGAUGAAAUAUAAAACAAAAUAUAGUUUGAGAUACUGUGAAAAAGAAAUAAACUCAACUAAAAGAUUCUGACUGUUAAAAGACCAAUGGAGCCAGAACAUAUGGCAUUUCAUUUUAAAUUAAAUGAGUAACUGCAGGACUUGCUUUGCUGAAAAUUGUUCAUGCACUUAAAGCUGCUUUUUAAGAGAUUUUAGAAUGGUUUCAUUUUCAUAGCAUUUGCAGUCAUGUUUCAUAACAUCACUUGCAGUCUAACCAUAUUCACUGGUAAUAUCUAAUGUUUAACAGUGGUGAAAGUGUGGAAACAUUGCGCAAAGUAGAUUACACCAAAAUUACACCAGUAACAAUGCAGAAACACAAAAAAUGAGAUUUGAAUCCAUGAAUCUAUUACCCCAGUGCAUGCUGGGAGGAUAAAUGCAAUCACAUGAUCAGCACUCAGCCAGUCAUAUUAACACUGAUCAUUAUUUCAACUCUACUCAUUUUGCCUUUAUUUCAAAAUAAUAGUGCACUGAUAUUCAAGAUAGCAUCAUCCAGGAUCGACAAAUCAGUCCUCAAACUGCAUCCGAAGAACCAAAUUAGCUGGAUGAGAAUAAACAGGAUUAUUUCAGCCUGAUAACAGCAUGUUAGCCUGAAUUAGUUACACCACGUUUGAAAAACAGGAUGAUGAAGGAUUAUUGUAUUAUGUUGAAACUGCAGUCAAGGAUUAUUUGAGUUUUGUUGUUAUUAGGGUAUCUGUUUGCAUUGGUGGAGGGAGUAUUCAGGUCCAAAUGUAAAAGUAACAAUACAACAAACAAAGUAAAAAAUAUUACACUUUAAA